CUUGACAGAGUCAGUCCUCAAAGCUGCUUAUGAAGGGAAACUCGAUCAACUCAAAACGUCAGUCCUCAAAGCUGCUGAUGAAGGGAAACUCGAUCAACUCAAAAAAUAUGCAUCAGAACUAGACCAUCAAAUGGGAGUUGGAUUACCAACAAUACUUGGGAAUAUCCGAAAUGAAGAUGGUAGACGUGCGCUUCAUAUUGCUGCUGCAGGAGGGAGAUUAGAUGUUCUCAAGUACUUGAUUGAAGAUAUGAAACUUAAUAUUGAUGUCCAAGAUAAUUCAGGCGAAACUCCAAUGUGCUGUGCAGCUAUAGAAGGACGUUUGAGCACUGUAGCAUAUCUUCUGAAAAUGGGUGCCAAUCCUGAAAUACCAAAUGGUACAGCUAUGAUUCCAUAUCUUCUGAAAGUGAUGGGUGACAAUCCCGAAAUACCGAAUGGUACAGAUAUUCCUAUGAAUCCUUUGCAUCAUGCUGCUGCGGAAGGAAAUCAUGAUAUCAUAACCUUGCUACUUUCAAAAGGUGUCAACGUAGAUGUUUCAAAUGGUUUUGGCUCACCCCUGCUACAUGCUUGCGCUGUUGGCAGACACGAUACAGUUAAACUUCUUCUGGAUCACAAUGCCAAUCCCAAUUGGCUCUUCGGCGAGGCGACUACUCCACUUCGGGAUCCAUUUAUUCCAAAUCUUGGCAAUGCGUGGAGAUUUCUAAUGUAUGAGAGAACUUUCCAUCUUGCUCUUGGUUCCAUAUCUUUUGCUUGGCUCUUAAGGAAGUAUGUACCAGUGGCAGGUGCUGAUCCAAAUGGUGGACCAGAUGGAAUGGAAGCUCUGGCAUCUGCCGCUGGAGUGGGGACAAUACCAAUCAUCAAGCUACUGGUUGAAGCUGGUGCAGAUCCAAAUGUUACAAAUACUGCAAUAAUUUUACUUGAAAGUUCUUAUUGUGGUACUUAA